GGAGUGCACUCCCACUGGGCAUGGACGUCAAUUCAACGUCUAUGCCACGUUGGGUCAACGUCAUUUCAAUGAAAUGACGUGGAAACAACGUUGAUUCACCCAGUGUGCCCAGUGGGCUGUAAAGCCAAAUAUCUAUGGCUAACUGUAUGUUUGUUGUACUUUCUCUCGCCUCAGCGUCUCUAUGCCAUGGAGCCUGUGUGGAGGUGGACUCUGACACUGACGCAGUGGUCAGCGAAGGCUUUAAGCUGGGCUGUAUCUCCUGUAAGAUGAGAGGCGAGGUGCCCGCCGAGGCCACUGUUGAAUGGUCCUUCAUGCCCAAAGGGGAGAGCGAGUUCACAAAAAUCUACAGCUACGAGGAUCUAAUGAGCGACAUCCCGGACGAGCGCUUCUACGAGCGUCUGGACUGGAACGGCAGCAAGAAGACCAAGGACCUGCAGGACGGCUCCAUCUACAUCCUGAACGUGACGUGGAACGACACGGGCACCUACCGCUGCAUCUUCAACCGCACCCUCACCUUCACCUCCUACGGGUUCCACACUGACGUCACCAAGAUCGUCCACCUCAACGUGGUGCCAAGACUGACCAGGGGGAUAGCGUCCAUCUUGUCCGAGGUGAUGAUGUAUGUCACCAUCGUUGGGCUGCAGGUAUGGCUGGUGGUGGAGAUGAUUUACUGCUACAGGAAGAUAUCAGCGCAAGGCGAGGAAGCAUUGAGAGAGAGCGCGUAA